AUGUCCGACGAGGACUGUGUUCGCGUGAUAACAACAACGACCACAAGAGCUCCCACAAAAGAAUGCUUCGAUAUUAUGGCAUUUUCUGAAAACAACCCUAACCUGACAUUCAAAGAUCGAACAAAGGAUUCUAGCGAUUUAAAGGAAGUAUUCGGCAAAUUUGACUCUACACAUGAUAUUAGCAAGGAAAUUCUCAGCCGCACACGGUAUCUGUGCGCUAAAUAUCUGGGCGGAGCAUGGAAUCGUAUAAGUUUCGAUCAGUUCCGGAUAAAACCUAUAACUGGAGGGAUGUCAAAUUUGUUAUUCCUGGUCGAAUUAGCAUCCGAUGUCAAAACUGUUGGUUCUGAACCGCAUCAAGCUCUUCUCAGAAUCCAGUGUCAGGCAGACCUGGAUCAGCUCCUCAGCGAAUCCGUCGUUUUCACACUACUUUCAGAGCGAUCAUUAGGACCAAAAUUGCUGGGAGUUUUCCCGGGUGGACGCUUCGAGCAGUUCAUUCCCAGUCGACCACUAGAAUGUAAAGAACUGAGCAAACCCUCGAUUGGAAAAGUAGUGGCACCUAUGCUGGCUAAGGUGCACACGCUGGAUGUUCCAAUAACGAAGGAACCUCAGGUAAUGAUGUGUGCCCGCGGUUGGUUGGCAAAGUUUAGAGAAAGUGAACCUGGUACACAUCCAGUCGACAUCAUCUGCACGGCUGCUUCCGUCCCUUCGCAAUGUUAUCCUUCCAAAAUCACAUGUGAUGAACUGGAGGAAGAAUUGGACUUUGUUGAGGAAUUCCUUACAAAAAUUCAAAGUCCUGUAGUCUUUUCACAUAAUGACUUACAGGAGGGCAAUAUUCUUUUAUGCGCUGAUUAUCACCUAAGUGGGGAUGGUUCUAUACGAUCUCGAUCUGGUGAAAACGAUAUUGUCGAUCCCUUAGUCCUAAUUGACUUCGAAUACUGCAGUUAUAAUUACAGGGGCUUCGAUCUCGGCAAUCACUUCUGCGAGUACGGCAUAGACUACAAUUGCGAUGAGGCACCAUACUAUAAAUUCUAUCAAGAAAAGUUCGAAGUUCAGAACGAGAGGCGAAGUUUCUGCAAGGCUUAUCGUGAUGAAGUGUGCAAGAUGCGAGACACCAGCAACAAUCCACACUUUCCUUCUGAUCUCGUAAGUAACAACGAGGAAGCUGAUCUGAAUCAGCUGGUCACAGAAUCCACGUUGUUCAUGGCAGUAUCGCAUAUUUUCUGGUCCUGUUGGGCAUUACUUAACUCCGCGGAUCCACUUGUUCAAUUUGACUAUCUCAGCUACGCAAGAGAUCGAUUAGCGCUUUACUUUCAAAUGAAGCCGUCGCUUCAAGCUUUCAUGGACGUUCGCUAGUCAUUUGGUCUGAAGAUAUUAUCUUCAUAAUUCACUUUAACUGCACAUGGAUGGCAGAAGUGAUUAUCUUGUCUGCUAUUAGCAUUUUUGCGAUUUGCAACUUGAAAGGUGCAUGAUAGCUGAUAUGGUAGUCUUUUUCCUAAAGCCAGGUCUAUAUGUAUUCUCAUCUUAACUUGACUCUCGGAGCUACUUGUAAGCUUCCACAGAACUAACGUUCAAAACUGAUUUCCACAAAUUUCUCACAAUCUACUUGAUCGUGUCUCAAGCUGACAGGCCUUAUAUAUCGAAAUAACUCAAAGUCUCGCAUUUGAUAUUUCACGAUUAUUUCAUGACUAUCUUUUUACUGUUUGUAUCUGUUCAAUACGUUCUUAUACAUUCCCAUUUUGCAUAGAUCUUGAUAAACUUUGAAUCCGUGGGCAAGAUUUCUGUACAG